AUGAGGCAAAGUAUUGCUCUUGGGAUCACGAAGCUGAUAAGUGCCAGGGCGGCAAACUUUGGUAAUCUCAUAAGGAUCUUCUCAUGUAGGGCCCAAGGUACCUUUAGUAGGGUUCUUGGUGGCCAAGGAAACCUUACGCAUGACCCAGUCCCCAAUCUUGAAAGCACGGGGUUUGACCUUACGCAUGACCCAGUCCCCAAGCUUGUCAAUGAAGUCAAGGUGCCACGACUUCAGUACCAAAGGAAAGAGAGAACUGUGUUUCUCUUGUUGAGGUGCGGAAGGUGGUGCCCUAGGACUAGAGAACCUUUGGGAGUAGCUUUGGCCAGCAACCCUUAG